AUGCCCGUCGUGACCAACUACCUGGCGCCCGAACGGCAGGUACCCAGAACACUCACGGCGCAGGCAGAGGCGUCGUCGACGGCGGCCCUCCCACACCCCGCUCCGCUCCUCCCCAUCCCCGAAGCAAACUUCAUCCCCCUCUACGUCCUCCUCGCCCUCGUGCCCCUGACCUUUCUCGCCGUCGGCCUCUGGGCCUGCCGCCUCGAGCGCAGAGCAGCCCGCGCCCAGGCCGGCGGCGACGUCGAGCUCCAGACCCUCCGAACCUUCUGGUUCCCCUGGCGCGAGGCCGUCGAAGUCAGCCCCCCGCCGCCGGCCGUCGCCCCCGAGACAGCCACGCUCGGUCCCGGAUCUGCGGCGAACCAGGCGGCCCACGUCGACACCGCUGCCGCUGCCGCGCCGCCGCCGCUGGCCCCCGAGGCAGCGACCACAAGCCAGCACCUCAGCUCACGGUUCUCGCUCGACGAGUCGCCCACGCCCCGUGCCAAGAGGGGCAGAAGCAACGCUGCAGCGGCAGCAGCAGCAGCCAAGAAAAACAACGCAAAAGACGACAACCUCCGCAGCGACACUGACGCCAGGAAGAGCAGCGAGCAGGCGGCGGCGGCGGCGGCGGCUCUCGCUGAUGGCGCAAAUCGUCUGCUCUCCCGUCUCCGCGCCGGCGAGGCAACGACGACCCUGCCCACGACCAUCAAGGACUGGCGCUCCGUCCACGCGGCGCUGCUGCCGCAUCGCUUCGGCCCGUCGCCGUUCCCGGGUCGUGGUGCUCACGAUGACGGCGGCCCGGUGAGUCCCAUUAUUUCGGCGCCCUCCUUCAUCGGCUCCUCGGUGGUCUCUAUUGGCGCCGGGCCGGAUGACCUGAGGAGCAGCUGGGUCUCUGGUAGAGCUGCUGCUCCUGCUGCUGCCCCCUGCAAGGUUGUGAGGUUCGCUGGCGAAGGCUAUCAAGAAGAAGAAGACGAAGACGACGGCAAGGGUAAGGGACGGGCUGGCAUCCAGGUCACGACUCGCUCGGUCGUUGUCAGCAACCCGCAGGAUGGGAAAAUGUUCUGA